AUGCAUCACGCUCUGAAAGUCGACUAUAUCGUCUACGAAAUCCUACAACAUGUCAAGCCCUCCAAGUCGGACUUGCUAAACAUGGCAAUGACCUGCUCCACUUUCUCCUCUAUCGCUCUCGACAUGCUGUGGUGUCAACAGGACAACUUGACACCCCUCGGUGAAAUUUUUUCACGCGAACCGCUACUCCCGGAAUGGGAGCGUGUCAGAAUCAAUGCGGCAAGGAUACGCAAGUUUACGGUCACGCAGUACACCGAUCGUUUCCCGAAACUAAGUGGCCCUGUCCUACGGCAACUGUUCACGCUGUUCCCGCCCGCGAUGCUCUUUCCUAGACUGUGCACAUUGGAUUUCAAGGCGGUGUCCCUGGAUUCGCUGGAUGUUGCCUCAGACUACCUCUGGCUGCUUCGCCAAUUCUCCUCGCCUGGAUUGAAAAGACUCGUAUUUAACAUACCGCGAGGCGUCUCGAGGCCCGAGCUAGAGCAAUUUCUUGGUGGUCUUUCUACAGACGUGUCUUCCUUGCAACACCUGGCAAUACAUCAGCCCAACCCGCACGUUCCGGAGUGUCGUUAUAUAGUACCAAAGCUGCCGGAGAAGUUAAAUGGGUUGGUUAUCGGUCCAAUCCCCAUGAACCUGAUGAGGCAAAAUAUUGCCAACAUCCAGCAUUUGCGUUGUCUCCAAUCCCUCGAACUGGAUCUGGAGGGAUUGAACAAUAUGGAAACCCAACCGUCAGGCGAUAUGUCGCUCGAAUUGAGUACCCUCAAAUGUCUCAAACUCUCUGGGGCCCGCUUGGAAUUUUGCGUAUCCUUCCUUGAUCAUAUUGCCAUGCCACGACUGUCGGUGAUCAAAAUCUCAUAUUACAGAGCUGGUGCUAAACCAGCCGAAAUUACCGCGGUUUUCAAAUCCAUAUGUACGGCUUGCAAAACAUUUGCAUUCCUGAAAGAGAUCACUGUGGUCGACUCUUCGCCUCACAUCAUGAACAUUCUUGGGCCUGAAGACGAACUCCAUUCCUCCAUCUUUCGGCCUUUACUCCAGUUCCAAGGCCUGACCAGUGUCCGGUUCAGCAAAAUCGGAAAAUACCACCUUGACGACGCGUUCAUCGAGGAUCUUGCAGUUGCUUGGCCGGAUCUUCGUGCGUUGAGAUUUGCCUCACUGGCAAUACUAGAUGACCACCGUCAUGUCACCCUUACUGCAAUGCUUUCGUUAGCGACAAGGUGCAAGUUAUUGCAAGACCUGCAUAUAACAUUCGAUGCCACGCAUUUUCCGACACUUCCUCGUGCGCCGGAUGGGAAUACAGAACUUUGGACCACGCAAACAGCCCUCCGUCAGCUGAAUAUCGGAUGUUCGAAGGUGUCGGACGCAUCGCAUCUUCACCUCUUACUGGCUGUGCUGUUCCCAAAUCUGGUCGAUCUUCAGUAUAAUCCCCAGUUUUCCUAUGGUUCGGUGUAUUUGGCAUGGAAGAAAUUCCAGACUGCAUGGAGAGGACUGCAGAUCCAGCGGAAAAACUCUCCAGACGAGGCGGCCUCUUGGUCGAACACCCUCAUGCAGCUGCAACCCCGGUUGGAGGACGCCAACAAUUUACUGUGAGGAACAACAGAAGGUCUCAGUGUGACCCAGUCGAGACUGCUUGUAAUAUAGUGCGAUAUUGUAGCUAUUGUAUAUACGUCUGCUCUGUAUAUAUCAUGAUGGUUCCCAG